AUGGGCAUUGACAAGUUAGAACAGAUAUCUCACCAGUUAGGGCAGGCAUCAGCCAUCAUUACUAGAAGCAGCCGAAUACCACUCUUAGUAUGGCUGGCAUUCCACUUACAGAGAUGGAUGCGGUAUGGACCUUCCCUCAAAAUGGCCUCUCGUCAAGAAGUGUACCCCACGUCCAGGGCCUGGAACAGUACACCAGUGAUGCUGACCAUCUCGAAGCAGAAUGGUCUCUGGGCUGAUGAUCAGUGUCCCUAUCACUGCUGUAAGGCCAGCCCCACCCCACUCCUGACCUUCAGCCUCAGGCUGGCAUCUUCCAACCAGGGAGAUACCAUGUGGAGGCAGAGGGCUCAGCGACAGCCGAUUAUUAUUAAAGCAGAUUCGAGAGGGACAGCCUUAGGGCAAGUUUAUAAAACAGAUCCAGAUGGAGUUGAAAAGCUUGUAAAUGGAAUGGGUCCUAAAAACUCACCUCCAAGGCAUCCCCAGGAGCCCAGGAAACCUGUGGCAACACAGAUCUUCGUGAAUACAUUGAAGUGUCUACAAACUCAUGAAGAUCUCCUGGAUGUGGAUUUACGGAGGUCUGCAAACCCAGAGGAGUUAAGUGAGACAAACUUUGGUUUUGUGAACUGUCUUUUCGACAUUAUCAAGGACUUUAUCUACCCUUCCGAGACUUCACCAUCCUUGGAUUUCAUUUCCAUGCUCACAAAGUAUUUCUGAGGGAGCCUGUGCCAGAGCCACCAGACCGACUGCCUGAAUUAUGCAGCUGCUGUCUUUUAUCUUGAGAGCCUGAGGCAGAGAGAUGACUUCAGAAUUUAUUUAAAAUGGUGUGAGCAAAAUGAACAGUGCAGACAGCUUCACAUGCCUGAGCUGCUAGUGGCCCCCUGUGUGGCCAAAUUGAUACCCCUGUUGCCAAAGAAAGUCUGGAAAAGGAGUACAGAUACUGGGAAAAUCAUUAUCUGCUUCAUCAAGGAGAAGGUGGAAAAGUCAGUCUGUAAUCUUGAAGGAAACGUGAAGUGGCUCAAUGGUUUUGAAAAAUGCACACUACAGGAGAUUGUAGUGUGGCCUCCACUUUGGAGUAGAGAGAAAAGGUUUUUUAUUCCAGAGUGCCUGAAGCACAUUUUAAAAGAACACAUGGAAAAAAACAUCGUGUCACCAACCACCAGACACCUUCUCUGCAAAGGCAAAUGAACUCUCGAAGAAACCGUGAGAUUCCUCGAUGUUUAUCUGUUUCUGUCUAAUGAUUUCCUCUUAGGAAACUAAGCACAACAAGGUAAAAUACAGCUUGGACCCAGUUUAAUGUGUCCUUCACUCACUCGUGAGCUGCAAACAGUAAUCACAGAGGGUGGCUCAUGGACGGUGCUUGACCAGCCCAUUCCUCUCCACAGCCUGGUCGUCAGCCUUGAUCCACUCCACGUAUCAGACUUUGGGCUGAGAAACGCUUUCUUCAUGCUAGAUGGGGGGCGGCAGUGUAUAGCAUCGUUCUGAUUACAAGCCCAAGUGGGAGACAUCUGAGUACGUAUUUCAGUAGCACGUAUAUACCUGCUGAUGUCCAGACUAUCCAACAGUGCUUCGCUCAGGCCUGCAGGAGGUGCAGGGGAAGUUUGGUGCUGUUAUAAUUCGUAAAAGAUCAGGUAAAUUCAGUAAUUCAGGAGGAAAACAAUGCCCCACUCCUUGUGCACGACAGGAAUUCUAGCAACCUCCUUUGUGUAUAUAUGUAAUGAAACCACCGUUCCUCCCUGGCGUGUAAAUCAGUGUCAGUGCUCGGUGGUCCCGCCUCACACACCAUGCUGAUCUUUUGAUAGGAAAUUUGAUUGCUCCUUUAAUAUAUUAAGCAAUGGAUAAUAAGGUCUACAUCUUAGUAGCAGUCUUUAAAUUCUAGUUUACAACAGUUUUCUUAUCUCAGGUAUACUUUAUAAUACCCUCACUUGGGAGGAGAAAAAUCCUAAAGACUAAAUUCCAUUAUUUUAAGGAAGAAAAUACAACUGUUCAUUCCAGUUCACCAGUUAAUGCUUUCACUUGGGAGAUUUUCAUAGAAAUAAGAAGAUAGCUUUCUCUAAUUCUCACUUUUUGAACAAUAGUGAAGUUUGUCCUAAAAUUUCUUUCUGGUUUUGACUGGGGGGUGUGGGCUGUGUUUAAGCACCAUGCAGUCACUUCAUCUUAUCUGGCAGGACUUGAAACGUCAUUAGAACUCUUAUCAAGAAAGGCACAGAAUUAUAUUAUCAUGAUGGAAUAUAAAAUUAACUGCAUUUAAGAAACUAGUUUUUUGUUUUUUGUUUUUUGUUUUGUCUUUUUAGGGCCGCACCUGCAGCAUAUGGAGGUUCCCAGGCUAGAGGUCCAACUGGAGCUGUAGCAAUGCCGGAUCCUUAACCCACUGAGUGAGGCCAGGGAUCAAACCCACAUCCUCAUGGAUGCUAGUCAGGUUCGUUAACCUCUGAGCCAUGACAAGAACUCCCUGAGAAACUAGUUCUUAAUAAUCAGAUUUUAUCAAAUGGAAAUCCACAAAUUUCAAUUUCAGACAUGGUACUUCUGCCAUUUCCAAAAUGGAAGUAGUAAAUUUAUCACCUGGGUUGCAAGGCAAAUGAUCCUUAACUGAUCUCUUUAAGCUGGAGAAUGGUCUAGAGAGGCUGAUGGGAUAGAGAGGUUCACCACUAAAGCGGGCAGUGCCGUUUGAUUAGAAGAGAGGGUCACAGAAUCCUUCUAAUCAUG